AUGGCCACCACACCCAUUUCCCUUCUCCUCCUAGUUCUAUCAGCCAUUUCUGUAGCUGGUAGCGCCCCUUCUUCUCCCAACGGCAAUGGCAGCGACACAGACCUUGCCGCUCUGCUGGAUUUCAAAGCCCAGCUCUCCGACCCUCUUGGUGUCCUUGCCGGCAACUGGACAACCAGCACAUCAUUCUGCCAUUGGGUCGGCAUCUCAUGCAGCCGCCGUAGGCAGCGCGUCACCGCUCUGUCGCUGCCAGAUACACCCCUCUAUGGACCGAUCACACCUCACCUCGGUAACCUCUCUUUCCUCUCUGUCCUCAAUCUCAACAACACCAAUAUUACGGGCUCUAUCCCACAUGAUUUUGGCAAACUACGUCGCCUCAAAUUCCUGCAACUUGGCUUGAAUGGCCUGUCAGGUAGCAUCCCUCCCACCAUAGGAAACCUCACGGGGCUUCAACAUCUUGAUCUAAAGUUGAACCUUCUCUCCGGUCCAAUCCCGCUAGAGCUACAGAACCUGCACAAUCUUGCCUACAUAAAUCUCGGGAGAAACGACAUUAGUGGAUCUAUACCCACCGGCAUAUUUAACAACACCCCUUUGUUAACCUACAUAAACUUCGACAACAACAGCCUGUCAGGAUCAAUACCAUCCUGCAUUGGCUCCUUGCCGGUUCUCCAGUACCUCCGUAUGAACUACAAUCUUCUCACCGGCCAAGUGCUAACAGCCAUUUUCAACAUGUCUAAACUUCAGACUCUCUAUCUCACCCAUAACUACUUAACUGGUACUUUCCCUAGCAACGAGAGUUUCAGUCUCCCGAUGCUGCAUGUUUUCAGCAUGGGAAAGAACAAUUUCACAGGGCAGAUUCCGUUGGGCCUUGCAUCUUGUCAGCACCUCCAAGCUAUUUCCUUGUCCAUUAAUUCAUUUGAAGGUCUCGUGCCAACAUGGCUAGGCAAGUUGACUCGUCUCUUUUGGCUUUCCAUAGGGGAGAUGGGCCUUUUUGGUCCAAUCCCUACUACACUUAGCAACCUCACUUCGCUGAAUGUCCUUGACCUGGGAUCCAACAAGCUAACAGGAGCCAUCCCAACAGAACUCGGCCAGUUGACUGAAUUGUCAGAGUUGAAUCUUUCAGACAAUGAGCUAACAGGACCCUUUCCUACUUCUCUUGACAACCUAACUGAGUUAGCAAUAUUACUGUUGGACAAAAACAUGUUGGUUGGAUCAGUACCUAGGUAUAUUGGUACCAUGAACUCUUUGGUAGACCUUGAUAUUUCAACAAACUACCUAUAUGGGGAUCUCAGCUUCUUGUCUGAUUUUUCCAAUCUUCCGAAUCUCCAGUAUCUUAGCGUCAUGUGGAAUAAUUUCACUGGUAACCUCCCUAACUGUGUAGGGAAUCUAUCAACUCAGCUGCAAACUUUUUUAGCACGUAGAAACAGGUUAGUUGGAGAGCUUCCAACUACAAUUUCAAAUUUAACUAGCCUGAUUGUCCUUGAUCUUUCAGGAAACCAACUUGAGAGUGCAAUUCCACAGUCCAUCAUGAUGAUGAAAAAUCUACAAUGGCUUGAUCUCCAUGAUAAUAACUUGUUCGGCUCCAUCCCAUCUCAGAUUGCCAUGCUAAAUAAUCUAGCCCAUGUCUCUCUCAACGACAACAAAUUGUCUGGCUCAAUACCAGAAGACAUCGGUAACCUCAGCAAGUUAGAAACUCUCAUCUUAUCUGGAAACCAGUUAACUUCAACUUUGCCGCCAAGUUUGUUUCAUAUUGAUAGCCUACUAAGCCUAGAACUCUAUGAAAACUCUUUGAACGGUUCACUGCCAUUUGAUAUAGGCCAUCUGAAACAAAUUAUUACCAUGGAUCUAUCUACCAAUCACUUUGUUGGUCGGUUCCCAGAUUCGAUUGGACAACUCCAAAUGUUAACUGCUUUGGACCUAUCACAAAAUUCCUUCUCUGAUUCAAUUCCAAACUCUUUUAACAAACUAACCAGCUUGAAAAGUUUGGACCUAUCCAAUAAUAAUCUCUCUGGUACAAUCCCAAAUUACAUGGCCAAUUUUACCCUCCUCACUUCUUUGAACCUAUCUUUUAAUAAUCUAGAAGGUCAGAUACCCAAUGGAGGGAUCUUCUCAAACAUUACCUUACUGUCCUUGAUGGGGAACUCAGGUCUUUGUGGUGCUUUACGCUUAGGAUUUUCAACAUGUCACUCAAAGAAAACUAAAGGUGGCGUGCUGAAACUUUUAGUCCCUACCAUCAUCAUAGUGAUCGGUGUUGUAGCUUCCUGCAUAUAUGUAAUGAUAAGAAAGAAAAGUAAGAAUCAACAAGGUGUUUCUGCCGGCGUGGUUGACCUGACAAGUCAUCCUUUGGUUUCCUAUCAUGAGCUCGCUCGUGCUACAAAUAACUUUAGUGAGAGCAACAAGCUCGGGUCUGGAAGCUUUGGAAAAGUUUUUAAGGGACAGCUAAACAACGGUUUGGUGGUUGCAAUAAAAGUCCUGAACAUGCAGCUGGAGCAAGGCAUGAGAAGCUUCGAUGCCGAGUGCCAUGUGCUCCGUAUGGCGCGGCAUCGCAACCUGAUAAGGAUACUCAACACAUGUUCUAACCUGGACUUCAGAGCACUAGUACUUCCAUACAUGCCCAAUGGCACCUUGGACGCUCUCUUGCACUGCUCUGAAAGCACAAGGCACUUGGGGUUAUUCAAGAGGCUAGGCAUCAUGCUCGAUGUGGCAAUGGCGAUGGAGUAUCUGCACCAUGACCACUACGAGGUGGUCUUGCACUGUGACUUGAAGCCCAGCAAUGUGUUGUUUGAUGAGGACAUGACAGCACAUGUAGCAGACUUCGGCAUCGCAAGGUUGCUACUAUGCGACGAUACCUCUGUGAUCGCUAUGAGCAUGCUAGGCACACUUGGAUACAUGGCACCAGAGUACGGGACUCUUGGAAAAGCAUCACGAAAGAGCGACAUGUUCAGCUACGGCAUUAUGCUCCUGGAAGUUUUCACUAGAAGGAGACCCACCGAUGCAAUUUUCGUUGGAAAUCUAACCUUGAGGCGGUGGGUUUUAGAAGCGUUCCCUGCUGAGCUUGCCCACAUUGUGUAUGACGACCUACUGCGAGGACCUUCUUCCAGUUGCAACUUGGAAGUAUUUCUUGUGCCAAUAUUCGAGCUGGGUUUGGUCUGCACCAGCGACUCUCCUGAUCAAAGGAUGACGAUGACAGAUGUGGUCGUGAAGCUGAGAAAAAUCAAAGCGGAGUAUACUAAAUGGGGUGCAACCCAAUGAUCGAUCAGUUUCUCCUGGGCGUGGAUGUGUCUUUUCUUCUUCCUGUUAAGAACAAUAUCAGCAUGUACAAAGUACUUACCUAAUUCUGCAGUUAUGUGUUCUCUUGUUAAAUGCUUUUAUGAGUUCUCUUGUCAAAGGCUUUUGGGCAUAAAGUGGAACCUUUGGUAAUAGUAUUAUUUUUUU